UUACAUCACAUAACAUCAUUUAUGAAAGGAAUCGAAUUAUUCUGCGCCACUUUUCUCCCCCUUCUCCAGAAUUUGUGUUUGACGCAUUAUCCACGAGACACAUUCGAUCGAUUUUGAAUUAAGAAAUUUUCUUUCGAAAUAAAAUUUUCAUUUUUAGAUUAAAUCAUUUCAAAAGAUUAUGCAAUGACCUGUGAAAUACUAAUCAGUAUAAGUUUAGGUGAUAAUUUUCCACUAAAAGAUGAUUAUCUACUUAAAGAAUGUAAAACGAAUGCAAUUUUGGAGGCAAAAUUUAAUGAUGAAUUAUUACAAAGUGAUCCAAUUGAAAUUGAUUCAAUAAAUCCCGAAUUAGCAACCGAAUUAGGUUUUCGUAUUAAUCGUAAAGAUUUUCAUCAAUUUCGUACCGAACGUAAAUCAAUAAAAUUACAAUGUUUUGUUGAAUAUUCUACACAACCAACAGAUGAACAACGACAUUUUAUCGGUUAUGUUGUAUUACAUUUACGUGAUGCACAAGAUUAUACUCAACAACCAAAAUAUAAAUGGGUUGUAUUAUUGAAUCCAAAAUAUAAAGGUUCAUCAUCAAAACGGCCACAAUUAUAUCUAGCAUUGAUGGUAAAUAAAAAUGAAAAUAAUGAAAUUACUACGCCAAUCGCUGCUAAUAUUGAUAAUAUGGAAACAUCAUUGGAAAUAUCAUCAUCAUUACAAUGUAAUCAAUUUAGUCGUUCGAUUAAAAAAGAAGGUAAAUCAUAUUUUUUGGAUUCAAUAAUGAUGAGCUACAAUGAUUUUAAUACAAAUUUGGCAAUCGAAAUAACAAAUAAAUGUGUUUAUAUUUGGAAUAAAAAUAUCUGUGAUAAACAUGAUUGUCAACAGAUAUUUACUAUUCAUAUACAUGUUAAUCGUCCAAAAAAUUUGAAUAAUUUAUUAUUAUCAACAAAUCUGGAAUCAACAAUCGAUAAACAACAACAACAACGACAAGAAUAUUUUUUUCGUUAUGUUUUAUUUGGUAAACAAAUUAAAACCGAUUCAUUUAACGAUAUUCAUGAUUGUCAAGAUUUUCAUCCACAUAAAUAUUCAAUAAAUUUACAAACAUUUAAUAAAGAUAUGUUACAAGAAUAUUUUGAAUCAUAUCCAACUAUUGAAAUACAAUUUUGUUCAUCAUCAAAUGAAUUAAUUGGUUUUGUUACUAUAAAUUUAUUGAAAUUAUUUCAACAAAAUAAUGCAUUUAUAUAUGGAAAUUUUGUUAUCGUACCGGAAGAAGAAUCUGUUUAUGUAAAAGAUCCAUUUCCAAUUAUUAAUUUACGUUUGUUUAUGUUGAAUCAAAAUCAAAAUGAAACAUUUGUUGAACGUCCAAUUGAUUUUAUUAAUCAUUAUUAUAUUGCUAUUGAUCUUCGUACCAUACAAUUAAGUUCAACAAAUAAUGAAUGUCAAAUAUUAUUUCAACCAUUUUAUCUACAAUUUUCAUAUGCAUUUUUCGGUGCAACCGAUCCAAUAAAAACAUAUCCAUCUAUAAGAUUUUUGCGUGAAUCACCUGAACAACAAAUAACAAUACCACAUGGUUUUUGUGGUUUUAAUCUGGCAACUACUUAUGAAAAACUCCUCUAUACAUUUGAAAAUCUACCUCUUAUUAUACAAUUAAUUUUAGAUGAAGAUAAUACACUGCUUGGUACAAGUGAAAUUGAUUUAAAAUGUUUAUUGAAAAAAUCUUCAACAAAUCAAGAUGAUAAUAAUUCAAUAAUCAAUGAAUCAAAUAAUGAUACUAAUGAUAAUAAUCGAAUAUUGAAUGAUAAUUUUAUUCAAAUUGAUGCUGCCGUUUAUGAUGAAUUAAGUGAUCAAAUUUGUGAAAUGCAAGUGAUAAUGUUUAUACAGGAAUUAUUUGAUACCGUCCAUGAUGAUGAUGAUCAUGAUUCAUCAUCAACAAAAGCAUUUAUUCAAUCACAAAAAUCAAAAAAACAUUCCAUCCCUAAUCGAUCACAACAACAACAAUCGAUUGCUCAACAACAACAAAAACGAUCAAUUGAAGCAUCAAAAUCAUCGAUAAUGACACAAUCAUUAUAUAAUGAUUCAGAAUUAUUUGAAUCAUCAUCAUCAUCAAAAUCCAAACAACAAAUCGAUCUGAUUGAAAAAGAAAAACAAUUAAAUUUAUUAUUGAAAAAAUUAGAUGAACGUGAAAGAAUUUUAUUUGAACAGGAAAAAAUUUUAGAUCAAAAACAAAAACAAUUUAAUAAUAUGAAAUAUAUGAAUCAAGAAUCGGAUUUAGAAUCUGUUUUGAAUAAAGUACAAUUAGAUUAUGAAGAAAAAAUUAAUCAAUUAAAAAUAAAAAUAAAUUCAUUAGAACAGGAAAAAUUUCGUUAUCAAGAAAAAAAUUAUCAAUUAGAAAGAAAAAUGAAAGAAAAAAUUUCCAAAAUUCGUGAAUUAGAAGCUAAAGUUUUUGAAUUAACACAAUUAAAUAAACGUAAACAACAACAACAACAAGAUCAUACGGCAAUGACAACAAGUAUGGCAACGAUUAAUAAUAAUAAUAAUAAUCCAAGACGUAUUGUUAUACAAAGAGAUUUUCAACCAUCAUCCGAAAACAUUGAAUCAAAUGUUGUAAAUAUCAAUAAAACAACAAUGAAAACAUCGAAUCUUCCUGUACGUUCAAAAUCAAUACAAAGAUCAUCUUUAUUAUGUGGUCAACAAUCAAAUCAACCAUCAACAUCGAAAGAAAAUGUUUAG